GAGGAUGAAAGUCUUUCGAAGAUGGACCCUGUACGGCUGACGGCGCUCAAGCCGUACUUUCGUCGUGACGGCGGAACGGUCACAGCAGGCAACGCGUCGCCUAUGACCGACGGGGCGGCGGCAUUGGUGGUAGCGAGUUAUGAAGCCGUACAGCGUCUGGGCUUGCCAUUGCUGGCGGCGGUACGGGGCUUUGCUGACGCUGCACAAUCGCCAGAAUGGUUUACGACAGCCCCGGCGCUAGCAGUACCACGCGCACUCAAACACGCGGGGCUGACGUCAGCAUCUGACGUGGACUAUUGGGAAGUCAACGAGGCGUUCAGCGUCGUUGACCUGGUCAACCGGCAGUUGCUGGGGCUACCGGCCACACGGCCUUUCAGAGUCAACGUCUUCGGCGGGAGUGUGGCUCUAGGGCAUCCUAUCGGCGCGAGCGGUGCGCGCAUCCUAGUGACUUUGCUCAACGUGCUGCGCUCCAGGGGGGGUAGGAGGGGCUGCGCCGCCAUUUGCAACGGCGGCGGCGGCGCAUCUAGCAUCGUCGUGGAGGCGAUGCCGCCGCCACUCGACAAACAGCAGCAGCAGCAACUGCCGACGGCGGCGGCGGCGAUGACGCGGCAACAAUCGCAAUUGUAGCUGUAGCUCAGUAUAACCGUCGUAAUAGCCAACAAUACGUCGUAAUACCCAACAUAUCACGCCAACACAGGAGAGGCGACAGCAGAAACGCGCCCGUCGCUGUAGUAUACAUCUCAUCAUAACUACCAUCAAAAAUCACGAUGGCCUGCUGCCAACACCAAGUGGAAGUACGAGCAUCCAUACACAGUAACUUUAACGCAUAGUCCGUACACUGCGGUACGGCGACCAUCGCACGACAAUCACGCACACCAAAAUGAUU